GGAGGAGGAUGGAGAAAGAUUGAGAUGUAGAGCCUCUGGGUUGAAAGGGACCUCUGAAUGAACUCAUCCAGACUGCUGCCAUGGAGAGGGUGCUCUACAGUAGCCCUGUCAAUGGCUGGCUGGCUUCUGCCUAGAUAAGUCUGCGUUGAAUUCAUGGAGGUAUGUUACAGUGGUAUCCAUCUUAAUGGUGUCCUGGUACCUCCCUGUGAAUCCUUUCUAACUAAUGUUUUCCACCCCAGAGCCUCCACAUUCAUGAGGGAUGCCAAAAAUUGAAGUUCUUCAUAGAUGUACAGCCCAGCACAUUCACAACUGAGCAUUGUUGCCUGAUAAUUCAUUUAUUCAACAAUGAAUGUUUGAGUGCCAUGCAUAGUUUUGGGGAUCCACUUGUGAGGAAGAUGACCUAGGUCCCUGCUCUCAUGUGGUGGAGGGGUAGAGAAAGCAGGUAGGGACGGAGAAGGAAAGAAGAUAGAACUCUAUCCCCUGCAAGCUACUGCUAGAAAACUAACACUUCUGUCUUCCCUCGGGACUCUCCUAGGCCCUUUCACCAUUUCUCACCUCUCACCCACAUUCUGCACUCCCAGCUAAAGCAGCCAAAGGACUAGUUGAUUUGGCAGAGCUUUCAGGCACAAAGCCCUAUACUCCCUCUGGCCCAAAGCCACUACUCUGAAGGCUGAAAACUGCCCUUUGGCUCAGGUUGCUGUCCAGUCACAACCUCACAGAUAAUUUGUGCUGAACCUUGAGGUGAGGGCAGAGGCCACUUCUUUAAAUACUUUGUCUUCUCUACUGCCUUACAUUUGAAAAGCCCAGGUUGGAUCAGUAAGUAUUAAAUGUAUAGCAUAUUACUCCUUUGAAGCCUCCCUGCUUGACUCCUCCCUUUCCUGCCUUCUCAUUCCCUACUUUAUUGCAUCACAGAUACGUAAUUUAUUACCAAGGAUCUUUCAUAAUUCCCCACUCCCAUCUCUUUCUUCUCUUGCCCACAGUGUGUGACUUAGAAGAGUCAACAAUACAUGUAAUUCCACCAGCAACAAAGAAAAUACGUUUUGUUUUCCUAUUGUCCAUUUUCACAAAGAGGCCCUUCUUAGUUAAUCUGAAAGCUAUGGCUUACACCAUAGUCCUCCAUCAUAUCUGAAGCCAGGAACUAGAACUUGAGUCCUGGCUAAAGAAGGGUUGAGUGGUAUUAGUUCUUGGUUGUCUGGGUGCUAUUGAUUAGUGAUAGAAUCUUAGUCAACACCGUCGCUUAUCCAGACUCAGGGGAACAAAAAUCUACUUGGCUCUCCCACUCUUCAUUCUGGUAGCAUCUUAGGCCAGGUAAAGUUCAACAAAUUUUUUUGAACUCUAAGAAGUGGAAAUUCCUCCCUCAAAGGCUAUAUUGUCAAAAACAACUCCCGGCUCUGUUGCUUCUUCACUGAGGGCAAUUUAUCUCCAUAAUCAAAGACGAAUACAUUCAGAUGAACUCUUCUGUGUGGGUUUAAAUUUUACUGUUCAACAUUCACUCUUGCUAGUAAAUAAGAAAAGAUGAGAGAAAUGGAUUGAGAACUGUCCCACAAGACCCUCUACAGAAAAGGAGGCAAAAGAUUGCAGAGGUAUAUAGAACUUUAGAGCUUUUGAGUUUAACGAUGUAUAUCCCUAUACCUUCUUUCUGGAAAACAGACUUUUGUGAAUUGAGGGCAGGAACAUUAUAGAACUGAUGCUUCAUGGCUCUGGAAUACUAAGUCCUCUGAGCCUGGAUCUCCUUCAGCUCUGCCACCUACCUCCUUGUUUGCUAAAUGUCCUUAGAGAAGUUAGGAUAUGCCCGGGGAACCCUGGGUCAGAUAACCAUGACAACUGCUGACCCUGCUUUCUCUUCCUCUCUGCCCUCCUCUAGCUGGGAGGCGUUAGUAGCAUUGCCCAAGACUCCCAGGAGUGAUAGGAAUUGUUUCUGCCUGAGGAGACGCUCUGCAGCCUGGGCUCUGUGAGACUGACGUGGCGGUCAGCUGGAGUGAGUGUUGGGGUCCUGGGGCACCUGCCUUACAUGGCUUGUUUAUGAACAUUAAAGGGAAGAAGUCGAAGCUUGAAGAGCUAGGAUGGCAGUCAACAAAGGCCCCACCUUGCUGGAUGGAGACCUCCCUGAGCAGGAGAAUGUGCUACAGCGGGUCCUGCAGCUGCCGGUGGUGAGUGGCACCUGCGAGUGCUUCCAGAAGACCUAUACCAGCACUAAGGAAGCCCACCCCCUGGUGGCCUCUGUGUGCAAUGCCUAUGAGAAGGGCGUGCAGAGCGCCAGUAACUUGGCUGCCUGGAGCAUGGAGCCGGUGGUGCGCAGGCUGUCCACCCAGUUCACAGCUGCCAAUGAGCUGGCCUGCCGAGGCUUGGACCACCUGGAGGAAAAGAUCCCAGCCCUCCAGUACCCUCCUGAAAAGAUUGCUUCUGAGCUGAAGGACACCAUCUCCACCCGUCUCCGCAGUGCCAGAAACAGCAUCAGCAUUCCCAUCGCGAGCACUUCAGACAAGGUCCUGGGGGCCGCUUUGGCUGGGUGCGAGCUUGCCUGGGGAGUGGCCAGAGACACUGCGGAAUUUGCUGCCAACACUCGAGCUGGCCGACUGGCUUCUGGAGGAGCCGACUUGGCCUUGGGCAGCAUUGAGAAGGUGGUGGAGUACCUCCUCCCUCCAGACAAGGAAGAGUCAGCCCCUGCUCCUGGACACCAGCAAGCCCAGAAGUCUCCCAAGGCCAAGCCAAGCCUCAUGAGCAGGGUUGGGGCUCUGACCAACACCCUCUCUCGACACACCAUGCAGACCAUGGCCCGGGCCCUGGAGCAGGGCCACACCCUGGCCAUGUGGAUCCCAGGAGUGGCGCCCCUGAGCAGCCUGGCCCAGUGGGGUGCCUCAGUGGCCAUGCAGGCGGUGUCCCGGCGGAGGAGUGAAGUGCGGGUGCCCUGGUUGCACAGCCUCGCAGCCGCCCAGGAGGAGGAUCAUGAGGACCAGACAGACACGGAGGGAGAGGACAUGGAGGAGGAGGAAGAAUUGGAGACUGAAGAGAACAAGUUCAGUGAGGUAGCAGCCCUGCCAGGCCCUCAAGGGCUCCUGGGCGGUGUGGCACAUAACCUGCAGAAGGCCCUCCAGACCACCAUCUCGGCUGUGACAUGGGCACCUGCAGCUGUGCUGGGCAUGGCAGGGAGGGUGCUGCACCUCACACCAGCCCCUGCUGUCUCCUCGACCAAGGGGAGGGCCAUGUCUCUAUCAGAUGCCCUGAAGGGCGUUACUGACAAUGUGGUGGACACGGUGGUGCAUUACGUGCCGCUCCCCAGGCUGUCGCUGAUGGAGCCCGAGAGCGAAUUCCGGGACAUCGACAACCCGCCCGCCGAGGUCGAGCGCCGGGAGGCGGAGCGCAGGGCGUCAGGGGCGCCAUCCGCUGGCCCGGAGCCCGCCCCGCGCGCCGCACAGCCCCGCCGCAGCCUGCGGAGCGCGCAGAGCCCCGGCGCGCCCCCCGGCCCGGGCCUGGAGGACAAGGUCGCCACGCCCGCAGCGCCGCGCCCGGCCUUCGCGGCCGUGCCCCGCGAGAAGCCGAAGCGCAGGGUCAGCGACAGCUUCUUCCGGCCCAGCGUCAUGGAGCCCAUCCUGGGCCGCGCGCAGUACAGCCAGCUGCGCAAGAAGAGCUGAGUCGCCGCAUCCGUCGCCGCACCCCGGGCGGGCGGGUUUCUCUAACAAAUAAACAGAACCCGCACAGCCCAGG